CCAUAUCCGGUCCGACUGUUAAAUCUUUCCGCUACGAGCGGGCAGUAUCUCCGGUCUCGUGUGAAAUUGUACAUGUAUGUGGCAGGUACGUGCAGCAGCGUUUUUAACAAAGAUCAUACCACAGACAAGUUUAAGCAAAGCAGCAAGUGGGUUUCGUCUGUUAAAUUCACAUGCUAGCUGCCGUUCACCUUUUGUAGACGUUACUCGCAUAGAGCAGAGAUACAUGUCAAGUCAGCCCAAGAGACUCUGCACUGAAAACAUGACCGUUAAAAAGAUUGGAACCCACAACGGAACUUUUCAUUGCGACGAGGUCUUGGCCUGUUUCUUCCUUCGUCAGCUACCCGAGUACAAGGAUGCCGAGAUCAUUCGGACCAGGGACCCCGCACAGCUGGCCGAGUGUGACGUUGUGGUGGAUGUGGGAGGAGAGUUUGACCCAAAGAGGCAUCGUUACGACCAUCAUCAGAGGACCUUUUCAGAGAGCUUUCACAGCCUGUGUCCAGAGAAGCGGUGGGUGACCAAGCUCAGCUCAGCUGGCCUAGUCUACGUACACUUUGGUCGUCAGCUGCUGGCCCAGCUGACGCAGCUGAAGGAGGAUGACGGGCAGCUGGAGGUGCUGUAUGACAAGUUGUACGAAAACUUUGUGGAGGAGGUGGAUGCUGUAGACAACGGCAUUUCACAGUGUGACGGGGAGGCCCGCUACUCGGUCACCACCACGCUGAGUGCACGUGUCAGCUACCUCAACCCAUGCUGGAACAGCAAGAGUCAGGAUACUGAGGAGGGUUUCAAAAAAGCUAUGAAGAUGGUUGGGCAGGAGUUCCUGGACCGGCUGGAGUUCUGCCAGUCAUCCUGGUUGCCAGCUCGUGCAGUGGUGGAAGAAGCUGUUAAGGGGAGGCAUCAGGUAGAUCCCAGUGGGGAGGUGGUGAUGUUCUCCCAGGGUGGGUGUCCAUGGAAGGAGCAUCUGUUUGCCCUGGAGAUCGAGCUUCAGGUGGAGACGCCUAUCAAGUUUGUCCUUUACCCUGACCAGAAUGGACAAUGGAGGGUCCAGUGUGUCCCCGCUGGGCUCAACACCUUCCAGAACAGGCUGUCCCUGCUCGAAGAGUGGCGCGGCGUUCGUGACGAAGCACUGUCGGAGCUCAGCGGGAUUAAAGGCUGCAUCUUCGUCCACGCUUCAGGCUUUAUUGGCGGGAACAAGAACCGGGAAGGAGCCCUGGAGAUGGCCCGGAGGACCCUGCAGGCCGCAGCCCAGUCCCCUGCAAAUGGAAGCAGCUGAAGAGCCAGAGAGGACAGCCAACAGCACAUUUUGUUCUGGGGUUCAGUCUUUAGAGAGGAUAGCAGAGCUUGUUAGUAUGCUAGCUUGUUUGUCCCAGCCAGGGCUAAUGUUGUUUUGUUCUGCCUUGCCAGGGUGGAAAUGGUAUGGAAAUGGAAGCCAAAUAACCUUGACCCACCUCCCCAAAUACCUAUAUUCCAACAGGAACUCUCUCUGAAUUGUAAGGUUUGCUCAUGUCAUUCUCCUGCUCUGUGUUCUAAAUUUUCAGUCAGUUUGGUUCUUCAUUUGUAAUAAAAAAUUGCAGAUAUUUAGAUUGUAAACAUUUGGUUAAAUCCAUCAAUAAAUUUUUGCUGAGUCUGCACA